AUGACCAGUAACGACCGGUUGGAGGUAUUUGAACUGCCGGCAGAGCCUGUGAUGCAACCGGCGGUCACUGGCAAAAGCAGUAUCAAUGUGAACGAUGACGGCCGCGUGAGUAUCAGCUGGGACUCAAACUUCGUGCGAGGAUUCUCCAAGUUGUACACUGGUCCGCUACGACCGCGCCCUGUCGUACCGCCGCCAGAGUACUCCGAGUUACCCACGCAAUUCGCCAGCGAUACAGUAGAAGAUUUCGGGCCUCCGCCGGACUAUUCAGAGACGGCCAUAAAGUCUACAAAAGUUUGGAGGGUCAAGCUGAAUAUUGUCAUCCAAGUAGUGGGAAGUCGAGGCGACGUGCAGCCAUUUAUUGCCAUUGGAAAAGAACUUCAGCAAUACGGACAUCGUGUGCGACUGGCCACACAUGAUAUAUUCGAAAAGUUUGUCAAGGACUCAGGUCUGGAGUUCUAUCCGAUUGGAGGCGACCCGGCGGAACUGAUGGCAUAUAUGGUCAAGAAUCCUGGUCUUGUUCCCGCUUUGGAGAGUCUGCGAGCAGGUGAAAUCCGGCGCAAGCGCAUCAUGAUCCGCGAGAUGUUACAUAAGUGCUGGUGGUCAUGCAUUGAGCCGGACCCGGUUACAGGGCGGCCUUUCGUGGCCGAUGCUAUCAUCGCCAACCCGCCCAGCUUUGCCCACGUCCACUGUGCCCAGGCACUGAGCAUCCCAGUACAUUUGAUUUUCACUAUGCCCUGGAGCAGUACGAAGGCUUUCCCGCACCCCCUGGCGAAUAUGAACAGCGACGAUAGAGAUAAAGGUUUCAAGAAUUAUGUCUCUUAUGGCUUGGUCAAUUGGCUGACAUGGCAAGGGGUGGGCGAUGUGAUCAACAACUGGCGAAGAGAGCUCGACUUGGAGGAAGUAGCUACGUUUGAAGGCCCUCAUCUGGCCGAAAUACUCCGGGUCCCAUUUACAUAUUGCUGGUCCACGGCUCUUGUUCCCAGGCCGUCAGAUUGGCCCGCUUAUAUCGACGUCUGCGGUUUUAUCUUUCGUGACUCUCCGCAAUACGAGCCGCCAGCUGAUCUACAGGUCUUCCUUGAAUCUGGUCCGCCACCGAUUUACAUUGGGUUCGGCAGCAUUGUGGUGGAAAACCCGGAAAGGAUCACUGCCACCAUCGUCGAUGCCGUAAAUGCAGUCGGCGCCCGGGCUAUUAUCUCCAGAGGCUGGUCCAACUUGGGCGGGGCACGCCAUGAGAACAUAUAUUACAUCGGGGACUGCCCACAUGAAUGGUUGUUCGAUCAUGUGGCGGCCGUUGUGCAUCACGGAGGGGCAGGCACCACAGCUUGCGGUUUGCGCAAAUCUAGGCCCACACUUAUUGUGCCCUUCUUCGGAGAUCAGCCGUUCUGGGGUGAUAUGGUUGCUGCAACGGGUGCUGGGCCUGCUCCAAUUCCACAUAAAGAGUUGACCGUUGAUGCGCUGACCGAAGGUAUCCGCUAUUGCCUCAGUGAGCGAGCAGCGACUGCUGCUUCGGCCAUUGCGGCUAAAAUGGAUUCAGAAGCGGGCGUCCGUGCUGCAGUCCGGUCAUUCCACCGGAACCUUCCCAGCGAACGCCUAGAGUGCGAUCUAUGUCCGGGUCAGCCCGCAGUGUGGGCUUUUUCGAAGAACGGUACAAAUAUGAAGCUUUCCAAGAUCGCCGCCGAAAUACUAGUCGCAGACGGAUUGAUUGACAAGAAGAGUCUUACCAUGCAUGCGAUUGCCCCAAUAUUGAUCGAAAAUCGCCGAUGGGAUCCUAUCACGGGGGGAGCGUCUGCCGUGAUGGGCACCGCCACCGACCUCUCUGCUUCUAUCUUAGGGACGUUUUACAAACCAGUCCAAGAGCUUCAAGAUUACCAUGAAAGCCGCAAAAACCGCCCCUCAAGUAGCAUGCCUAGCCGGACCACACAAAAAUUUGCAAGCGACCUAUCUGUUGAGAAUAUGUCGACAAACCAUGAGGAGUUGCCUAAUCGUGUUGGUGCUGCCAGUUCCAACUGCUCCACAAAGACCGCAGCUUCGACCUUAGCGACCCCGUCAGAUCACGGCAGAGGGCGACUUUUGGGUAGGAUGGCAGGUUCAUCUGCUAAGAGCCUGGGCGCCUUUGUUCCCACGGCUCUCAAGGGGAUGACAGUUGACAUCCCACUUGCUUUGACAGAGGGGCUACGCAACGCCCCUCGAUACUACGGUGAGAAGCCCCGGGAUCACGGUCCAGUCACCGACGUCAAGAGUGGUUUUACCGUUGCUGGGAAAGGAUUCGCAUGGGGGAUGGCGGAGGCAUUGUGUGACGUAGUCGUGAAGCCGUACCAAGGUAUGCGCGAGGAUGGUGCGAGAGGUGCAGUCACAGGACUAGGUAAAGGCAUGGCAAACAUGGCAUCUAAAGCCGGUUGUGCCAUGUUUGGUGUCUUAGCAUACCCAAGUGCUGGUAUCGCGAAAAGUUUACACACCUUGAUUCAUUCUCGGACGAGAAAGCAGAUCGCCACGGCCCGCCAUGGCGAGGGCAUGUGGCUACGGGAGAGCGACCAAUACCCUGGAACGGACAAGAUCGUUACCGGGUUUCAAGAGUUAUUAAAGCGAAAGAAAAACUGA